GUGAUGCGCGUUUCCUAGGCAACGGGACGAGCUAUGGCGCAUCAUACAAACAAAUUCAAUGGGGUAGUGAUUCCCUAAUUUGCAUGAGUCCCACAGACCAUUAGUGCCUUCAUGUAACAGCCACACCACUGCCUCUAGUCCAAACUCUAGUCACUAACCAAGGAAGCUUCAAAUGCUAAGUUUUCUUUUCGCUACCUGGAUGUUUUAAGCUGAUAAGAUGGAGCCCUCCAGAGACCAGUGUGCUUUUUACUAUACCAAAGAUAAUAUUGAAAACCUUCAAAUCAAGAUCACCCUGCAGCAGCUCACCGGAUCACAGUUGGUGGCUGUGUCCCCUCGGGUGGUGGAGGACACACAGGCAGGCAAGCAGAGUGAGGUGCCACUUGCUUCCCUGACCACAGCAGCUGCAUAUCCCACCACACACCAUGUUACUGUCAAGUGGCAGCAAAAAAUACUCAGUGUGUGUGAGGCUAUGGAGUACCGACGGUCCAUCUAUGCCAAUGAUCCAAAGUACAGGACAAGGCAUAAACAAGCCACAAAGCGACGGAAACACCAGCGCAUCUUUACCUAUGUACAUAAGGAUAAUUAUCAGUUACAGGAGCAACACAGUGCCACCACUUCCAAAAAACUGGAACAAGAGUGCUGCUUAAGGCAGAGAGCUAAGACAACCAGGGGAAAUGACACUGUUGACUCAGAAGAAAUGAGUGAAAAAAGUAGUGUGGUGGCCAAGGAGGAGAAGAAGAGGCCUCCCACCACCUUCCAAGAAGAAUACUUCUACAUCAUGGCAGAUCUUGCUCCUCAGGAGAGUCUUGGCGAGAGUCGGGUUUAUGAGACUGUCCUGUGUGUCCUGAAGUAUGAUGGCCAGAGCCAGCUAACAGUCACACCAGAUUUCAACAUGCCUACUACCAAAGCCUACAGACUGGAAAGUUUUGGCCCUGAUAAUGCAUUGUAUGAAUACCAGAUUGAAAAUGUUUCCCUGACCCGUUCAGCAGAGGAAAGAAACCAAGAGGAGCAGCUGGCAAACCAGAUGGCAAGACAGAGGAUAGAAGAGAUUCAGCAAAUGGCAAGGCUUGAUUGGGAGCCUGAAGGACAACCAGGGCAGGGAGAGCUGCGCCUUGUGACUGUGGGAGAAAUCACCAGAGCCCUUUACUUCCCAGAGGCAUCUUCUCUUUACAUUCACUAUGCUCUGUAUUUGCCACCAGGGUGGAGAGUAAAUCCAGGAACAGAAUGUGAGGGCUUCACUCCAACUUGCUGGGUGAGUCAUGGUGAUGAAGUCCCAGCAGCACACUUCUCCACCCCUUUUUCCCUUGAUGUUACUCGUUCUUCAUCAGGGAAGGGUUGGCCUCUGUUGUUACUGGCAGCUUUUUCCCUUGACUGGUUUGGGCAUGACAGAGAUGAAGGAUAUGCUGCCUUUGCUCUUCCAGCCUCAGUUCCACAUGACAAGCACCAGGUAAAGGAUGGAUUGUACCAAGUUGGCACCUGGAGGCCAGCACAAGUGUCCCCACUGGCCAAGAUGCGCAGGUUUUUUCUGGGAGGCUGUCAGCUGAUGAGUGAUCCUUCCUACCUUGCUGUUGGGGCUCAGGCCAGCUCUCAGGUGGGAAGAGUGAGCCGCUUGGGCUUCAACACCAACACCAGUGGUACAAUAGAAGUGCGAGCCUCUACCAUGGUACAGGCAGAUUUCAUUGGAAAGGAUUUACAGAUACCUCUGGAAAUGCCACCUGGGUGGCAGCUGUCCACAGUUGCUGUGAUAGAUGCUUUCAACAAAUCAAGACAAAAGCUUCGAGCAGCCAAAGAAGGACUUCUCUGAUCAGUUGAGUAAAUAACUUUCACCAAAAUAUAGUACUAUACCAGUAAGGCUUCUUUCACAUACCAGUUUGAGGCAACCAAUCAUGUAAGGUGCCAAUUUCUUGUGAGAGGAAAAUAAGCCUCUUAUAGUUGUUCAAGGAUAGUUUCCCAAGUUUAACCCCUUCAAUACGGUGACACCUAUGUGGGCGUCAUGAAGCCCCAGUAGCAAAUACGGUGACGCCUACGUAGAUGUCAUAUUUCUUUUCUGAGCUUUU